GUGGGGGCGCGGCUGUGUGGAUGGACCCCAGAAGCCUGGCUGGGGGCCGAGGGACAGCAGAGCUGUUAGCGCUGUAUGUGUAUGAAUACCUACUGCAUGUUGGUGCCCAGAAGUCAGCCCAGACCUUCCUAUCAGAGAUCCGAUGGGAGAAGAACAUCACGCUGGGGGAGCCCCCGGGGUUCCUGCAUUCCUGGUGGUGUGUGUUCUGGGACCUGUACUGUGCAGCGCCCGACCGCAGAGAGGCCUGCGAACACUCGAGCGAGGCCAAGGCCUUCCAGGACUAUAGCGCCGCAGCGGCCCCCAGCCCGGUGAUGGGCAGCAUGCCUCCCAAUGACGCAAUGGCUGCAGGCCCCAUGGCCCCCGGCUUCUUUCAGGGACCCCUCCCCGCGCGCCCAGGGGCAUCCGAGUUUGGGUGGCCCGAUGCAGAGGGUGGCGCCUCCUCGGGGUAUGGCUGGUGGUGGGCCCCAGAGCUAUGGAGGUGGCAUGCGACCCCCGCACAACUCCCUCGCUGGCCCGGGCCUGCCCGCCAUGAACAUGGGCCCAGGAGUGCGCGGCCCGUGGGCCAGCCCCAGUGGCAACUCGAUACCCUACUCCUCCUCAUCCCCGGGCAGCUACUCGGGACCCCCAGGAGGAGGCGGGCCCCCUGGAACGCCCAUCAUGCCCAGCCCUGGAGACUCCACCAACUCCAGCGAGAACAUGUACACCAUCAUGAACCCCAUCGGGCCAGGCACCGGCAGGGCUAAC